UUUUUGGUUGGUACCAAAAAUUUAUAAAAAAAAUUGAUUCUCUCUCAGUCUCAACUCUUUCGAUUUCUUCGAUUAAUAAAUAAAAUUCAUAAAAUUCUCAGUAAAAUCUCAACCAAGCUGAAAAUUGAUUCUCUCUAGACAGAGUGUAAGUCUCAACUCUUUAAACUAGCACCGCCUUCUCAUCUCCUGCGCCGCCCAUUCAUCUCCACGCCUCCUUCUUCUUCAUUUGCUUGGCUCCUACGUCAUUGCCAUGGUUUUGAAUUUGAGAAUGAGUUGGUGUAAUUAUGUUAAUUUGUGUUGUGAUUUUUGAAGGUGUGGUUUAACAACAUUGCUACAAUGAAAUGAUAAAAAUUUAGCUGGAACUUUUAGAGUGAAAAGAGGAUGUUUGGCAGCGGAAGGAGAUGGUUGCGCUUCGUGCAAUUCAAGCUUUAUCCAACAACAUCAUUAUGCAACAAAUCUGCCCAGAGAAGUUCCUUUUGUACUUCGGCGAAGAACAUUAACAACAACAACAACAACAAGGUCGUCAUCACUGAUGAAAGGUAUCAGCAGCUCGAAAAUCUUAACAUGAUGACCGCCCUCAAGAUGCUUUUCACUGAUCCACCAAAGAAGAAAAAGUUUGGGUUUGAUUUCCAUCUUGUGCAAUUUUUUUUUGCCUGCAUGCCUUCCUUGGCUGUAUAUUUGGUGGCUCAGUACACUCGUUAUGCGAUCAGAAGAAUGGAAGCGGAAGUGGAGGAGAAAAAGAAGCAGAAGGAAGAAGAAGAAGCAAAGGAGAAAGAAAAAGAAUUGGAACUAAAUCCCCCCGAGGAAAAGGAUAAACCUGAUCCCCAGCUGUCAGAGAUGAAAGAGAGACUUGAGAAACUUGAAGAGACUGUAAAGGAGAUUGCUGUUGUAAAAAAGAAACAAUCAAGCAGUAACAUAGACACAAAUCAGGUAACUGGUGAUGAGAAAAAAGCCAUAAAUUCGUCUGCACCAAGUAACACGAGUGGCGGUUCAGUAACUAUUAAACCAGUCGAACACAACAGUGUUGGUAAGGAUAAUUCUCUCAAGUCAAGGACAGAAUUAGAUGAAGAAAGUAAGGGUUCAGUGACAACUCCAAGUUCUUUUCUUAGGCUUUGUUUGCGAGUUUGGAGGGGAAGGGAAAGGAGGGCUUUGGAAAAAAGGGAAGAGUAAGUGGAAGAAAUAGAAUUAAAGUGGAAGAGCUUCUUAAGAUGGUCGGAUCUUACCAACCUUUUUGAAGUCAAGAGUACAUAAUUUAUCAGAAGCUGUAGUACAGGGCUCUCAUUGAUAUGUUUUCCUUAAGAAGAGAAUAGUUAUUAAAUUAUGCUUUACAGGUUACUUAACCUGUCGUCCCGAUUCGACAUAGGGAAGAUUUUGAGUUUGUUGUUAGGAAGGAAAAUUUAAAUGGGAAAGCUAUCUUUGGUGCAUUAGUUUGAUUCCUAGUUAUGCUUUAUGCUUUCUGCAUUGCAAUCAUGUAAAAAAUGCAGGAAAUUGAUUGAUAUUUUCCAAGCCAUGAUCAUGUUGUCUUGAGAUAUUAAUUUGGAUGCAUCAUGGAUGGCAUCCCCCCAUGAAAGGGUUAGUUGUGUUUUGACUGAAAAUCCAGGUAGUUUGUAUUAGAGGCAGUUCACUUUGCUUCUUUCCCAUGGAUGAUAUAAUGUAAAUCCAGUGUAAGAACUGAUAUAUUGAAUGUGGAUAUUUCUUCUUUUUUUAA